AGAGAUGGCCGACCAGGAGCGAGAUGACAUCCCGAUGCUGCUACGAAACGUGGAGCUCCCAAAAUUCCCCCGGAGCACGUCGAUGUGCAUGCCGAUGAGGGACGAGGACUACGAGGAGGACACCUACGUGCCCCACACCGGCCCUCUGUCCAGCCAGCCGCCGGCCCAGACUGCGUCGGGCAAUCCGUUUGUCGGCAGGCGCACGCCGGACAGGCCGCCGCGGCACCCGCAGGUGAAGCCGGUCAGCAAGCCGCAGGCUGUCAUGCCGGAGGAGGCUGGGGGGAACAGGUGGUCUCACGGUGGGGAUGGUCCCAAGAAUGAGCAUCUGAUGAUGUCUGGGCCUUUGGGGCAGUGCGAUAAUCCGGAUUGUGUUAACUGCCCUCCCGCGUGCAAGAACAAGAGAUAUUUCCAGAGAGCUCCGCAUCAUUUUGACAAUAAGCUCCAUAACAUUCUCUAUGCUCACCAACGUGGGUGGAAGAAGAGCAUUGAGCGUUUCCUUUCAUACAUCCCGAUCAUGAAUCCACACGCCAAGGUUGUUCAACAGUGGAACCAAUUCUUUGUGAUAUCUUGCCUGGUUGCCAUCUUCAUAGAUCCUCUGUUCUUCUUCCUAUUGUCAGUACAAAAGGAUAACAAAUGCAUAGUGUUGAACUGGAAGUUCGCUACAGGGCUUGCCGUUGUGAGAAGUGUUUCUGAUGCUAUUUAUUUUAUGCACAUGCUUCUUCAGUUCAGACUGGCUUAUGUGGCUCCAGAGUCGAGAGUCGUGGGAGCUGGAGAUUUAGUUGAUGAGCCAAAGAAAAUUGCUGUUCAUUAUCUCCGGGGACAUUUUUUACUUGAUUUCUUCGUCCUGCUUCCACUUCCUCAGGUGAUGAUAUUGGUAGUCAUUCCUAGAUAUGUUGGGUUAUCAACAGCAGACAUCGCCAAGAAUUAUUUGCGUGUCACUGUUCUUCUUCAGUAUGUCCCCCGCAUCCUCAGAUUUGUACCAUUGCUUGGUGGCAAUCAGUCUGCCACUGGAUUCAUAUUUGAGUCAGCAUGGGCUAAUUUUGUGAUCAACCUUCUAAUGUUUGUUAUGUCGGGACAUGUUGUUGGUUCAUGUUGGUACCUUUUCGGAUUACAGAGGGUUAACCAAUGCCUACAAAAUGCCUGUUCCGCAUCCAAAAUUCCAUCCUGUGAGGUUUUUCGAGACUGCGGACGCGACUUUGAUACUGUGGGGCAACCUGGGUUAAAUUGGCAGAAGUGGUAUAAUGAUUCUGCCUCAACAUCAUGUUUCAGUACUGGAGAUGGUUCUACUUUCAAAUACGGCAUUUAUCAGGAAGCUGUUCUGCUGGCUACAAAACGCAGUGCUAUUACACGUUAUAUAUAUUCAUUAUUUUGGGGGUUUCAGCAAAUAAGCACUUUAGCUGGAAAUCUUGUCCCAAGUUACUUCGAAGGAGAAGUUCUCUUCACUAUGGCUAUUGUUGGUUUGGGACUGCUGCUUUUUGCACUACUUAUCGGAAACAUGCAAAAUUUUCUCCAGGCUCUUGGAAGUCGGAAACUGGAAAUGCAACUUCGACGGCGUGAUGUUGAGAAGUGGAUGAGCCAUAGACGAUUGCCUGAAGAAUUGAGAAGGAGGGUUAGACAUGCAGAAAGGUUCACCUGGGCAGCUACUCAAGGAGUAAACGAAGAGGAGCUUUUAAGUAAUUUACCAGAAGAUAUCCAAAGGGACAUACGGCGACACUUCUUUAGAUUCCUUAAUAAGGUUCGAUUGUUCACCUUGAUGGAUUGGCCAAUCUUGGAUGCUAUCUGUGACAAAUUAAGACAAAACUUAUAUAUCAGUGGGAGUGACAUCCUUUAUCAAGGUGGCCCUGUUGACAAAAUGGUUUUCAUAGUGAGAGGUAAGUUAGAAAGCAUCAGCGCUGAUGGUAGCAGGGCUCCAUUACAUGAUGGAGAUGUAUGUGGAGAGGAGCUCCUCACAUGGUACUUGGAACACUCUUCAGCAAAUAAAGAUGGCGGGAAAAGCAGAUUCCAUGGUAUGCGCUUGGUUGCUAUUCGUACUGUGACAUGUUUAACAAAUGUUGAAGCUUUUGUACUUAGAGCAAGUGACCUCGAACAAGUCACUUCCCAGUUUGCACGGUUCUUGCGUAAUCCACGAGUGCAGGGAGCCAUCAGGUAUGAAUCGCCCUACUGGAGGACCAUUGCUGCAGCGCGCAUCCAAGUUGCAUGGAGGUACCGUAAGAGGCGACUAAAGCGGGCAGAAAGAUCAAGGCCGAGCGAAGAACCUGAUCGUAAACCUACAUGGUCUCAUUAUGCUUUUCAGCAUUGAUAGAGGGCUGAUAGUCUGCCUAAGUAGAUACUAACUACCUGUGCAGUCCUAGACUAUAGCUUCCAGAAAUCCUGAAUUCCUUGUUGGAAUGUAACCCGCGCGGUUAAAGUUUCUCUCGGCUUUCCAGUUCUCUGAUGUUGUAGCUCCAGAGGUGUGAAAACUAAUCUCCUGUAUAUAGUGAAAAAUUAUUUGAUUUCG